AUGGGAAACUCGUCCAGUAAAAAAUCACCACACGUUUUACUUGUAGGUUUAGAUAACGCGGGUAAAACAAGUUUACUAUACAAUCUAACAAAUAAAAAUAUAGAUACAGUUCAACCAACAAGCCCACAGAACCCUUUUGAAAAAAUUAAAGUUCAAAAUCAAAAGUUAAUAAUAUGGGAUUUAUCUGGUAAAGAAAGUUUUAGAAAUAAAUGGAGACAUUACUUUGUUGGUAAUGAUAUAGUGAUAUUUGUAAUUGAUUCAACAGAUAGAGAUAGACUAGAGGAAUCUAAAGAAGAAUUGGCAAAACUUUUAAACGAACCCUUAUUAAGAGAUUCACCAUUUUUAAUACUUUUAACUAAAAACGAUUUAGCAAACCAAAUGACACAACAAGACAUUGAAGAUCAAAUAAAUAUUAAUACAAUUUCACCAUCACCCCAAAAUGCCAAUGAAGCAAAUAGAAAAAUAAAAUUCUUCUCCACUUCCUCAUUAAACGGUUCAAAUAUAAAAGAAAGUUUUGCUUGGAUAGUCGAACAACAUAAAGAAAGAGUUAAAAGAGAGAAAAAAAAGUAA